UCUCUCCACUCUCCUCGGAAAAUCGUGCUUUUGGCGCAAUCGGAAUCGUGUGUAGCACGUGCUCCGAAGCCAUGCCAAGCGUCCUGUGGCGGGGACCAACCAGCAGCAUCUGAAUCUGACCCACUAGUCGUUUGUUGACUGCCGGCCGUGUUGGACGCGAAUCUUGUUCCGUGGAGUCCCUGUCUGUCUGUCUGUCUCUCUCUCUUUGGUUGGCUGGCUAGUUCAACCACAGCCUGUCUGUCUGCUGGUGUGCCCCUGUCUGGUGCCAAGUCAGUCGCCCUAGAAUCGCGGUCCGAGUCGGGAAGGUCAGCGCCAUAGUGUGUGCUGUGCGGUUGGUCAGUUGGUCCGGUCCUUUACAUCUCCCAGCUGGAAGUGUGGAUGCUGCUGCAUGUUGACGUUCUGGUUCGUUGUCUGCUGCAAAAGUCAUAUGCAAUAAAUUUUAAAAUACUCAUCGCUGGGGAGGCGGAUGAUUGUGUGUAUGUGUGCUCCCCGGUGGCGUAUGUGUGUCUGAAGUUGCUUGCAGUGAGACCAAACAAAAGCCGGGAAGUAGACCCCAGCCGACGACGACCGCCCGCUGAUUGUGGAACGCUAACUGGAGAGUGGCCCACCGAGGUGCACCACCAACGCGCCCAAGAAGUGUCCGCGGGAGUGAAAUCCUUUAAGCAAAGUAAGGGCCAAAUAAAUUAUGUGUAACUUUGCAAAAUUGGGUCUCGAGCCUGGAGUGUUGUCUUGGGACGAUGUUGCCUCAAUUGAUGGCGAAGAUAAAGUUGGCGAAGAGAUUAAGGUUUGAAAUUUAAUUUUGGCUUUCCGUCGUGGUGUGGUAAGGAAACCGGAAACGUUACUCCUGAAGUUGGUUUGUGCUGCGGUUUACAAAUGUGGAUGUAACAGUCUUCUUGGCGGUAAUGAGGAUGCUACUAACAAGUGAACCACUUGCGCUGGUUUUGAAGUUCGCACCUUUGCAUACAAAGAAAACGGUGACGUGUGCUUGCGUACUCUCGGAAAAAGCAUCUAAUUAAUGGCGUUUUGUGCUGAUGGCAUCGUGCUUUUAUAAAGUGAAAGUUUUGCAAGCGUUUGAUGCUUGAUGGAGUGCUGUUCGUGCUGCUGCAGUGGCGUUGACAUUGAGUAGUGGUGACAAAUUGGGAGACAUCUAUUCCGUGAAGCAAAAGAAGUACUGCUGGAUGCCGGUUGGUGAUGGUGAAUGGUUGUUGGUGGAAAAUGCAUAUUUGCUGUUUGGCUCCACCGUCUAAUGGAUUGUGAGAAAAUGAAGAUUAAAUUAGUGAAGUGACAAAAAGUAGAGCAGAAUAAUAAGGAGGAUUCUUAGAGCCCUGGAGAGUAGAUAAUGCCGUCGCAGCUGUAAUGGAUCUGAAAGCUGGCAAACAUCUCGUGGCACCAGCGAUCAACAAUAUCAGUUGCAGCAAGCAGAGCUUCACCAGUGGUUUCUUCGCCCAGAUCGGCCCACUGGAUGUCCUACAGGCACUGUUCAUUGUGUUCCUCACAUUUCUCGUGAUCAGCGCCAACCUGAUGGUGAUCGUCGUGAUCAACAGUCGCCGCUAUGCAGCGUACAUUCAUCCGCAGCCGCGGUACCUGCUGACGUCGCUAGCGCUGAACGAUCUGGCCAUCGGAGUGCUGAUCAUUCCCUUCGGGGCGUUACCUGCCUUACUACACUGCUGGCCUUACGGUGAAAUAUUUUGCCAAAUUCAGGCCUUGCUACGUGGAGCUUUAUCACAACAAAGUGCUGUUAUAUUAGUCUGUAUGGCGGUCGACCGGUAUCUGUGCGUACUGCAUCCUCGAAUCUAUCAUAAGCGGUCCAGUAAAAAAGGCUGUGUAGCGAUUUUGAGUGUAACGUGGAUUUUAUGUUUGACCUGUUUUGGACUGUUGGUGCUGCCAAAAGGGUACUACUUCAACAAAUCCGGACUGCUGGCGUGCGAACCGUUCUACAGUAAAUCGUCCUACCGGAUACUGUCCAGUUGUGCGCUGUACUUUCCUACGACGAUGGUGCUGAUGUAUUGCUACGGGUCAAGUUUCCACGCCAAUAGAUACAGACUAACGACGCCAGCCGCCGUCAGUGCAGCCGCUGCCGCGUUGUCGACGUUGCAGCAACAGCAGCAGCAGGGGACCACCAGCGGCAUUGAGGGCAACGGCGGCCGGACCGGGGACGGUGGAGCUACAAUAACUACGACGACCGAAAUCGGCACGGUCAACAACUCGUCCUGUGCCGGAACUCCUACGGCCAUCUCCGUUGUAACACCCUCAUCGUUGUCGUUCUCGGAAAAGCUGGCUGACCACGAACAGAGACUGAACGGAUCAACUUCACGCACAAUGGCGGCAAUAUCAUUAGGUUUUAUAGUAAUUAUUACCCCCUGGACGAUACAGGAGAUUGUGGCGACAUGCACAGGAUCAAAGAUACCGCCAUCGAUUGAUUUCUGUGUCACAUGGAUAGCGUUAAGUAGUAGCUUUUGGAAUCCUUUUCUCUACUGGCUCCUGAAUGCCAGAUUUCGUAGAAUCUGCAAAGAUAUGUUAACAUCUAAGUGCACAAGUAGUCGGAUUUCCCUAGACGAAAAGUGUAGCAUUAGUUUAGAGUACGAUCAGCACCUGACAGCACUGCCGCUUCCGCCGGGUCCUCCCCCGGCCACCAUAUGUCGCUCGGCGAACCACACCCCCCGGCCGGACAUCGAUUGUCUGCCGGAGCGGUACUGGAGUGGUAUCCCGGAGCGAACCUGCAGCACGGGCAGCAUCAAUGCCCUCUACCGCAGUACCUCGUCCAGCUCGACCGCGUAUCAUCAGACGACUUUGCACCGGCACCACCAUCGGCACCGGCAUCAGCAGCACCAUCAUCAGAACGGGAGCAACCAUCACAGCAGUAAUAGCAUCCACAAGACACCGAUCGACGAUGGGAAGGACGGUGAUUUUAGUGUAAUUUUCCCGAUGACCAAUUCGGAUCCGGCCAUGUCCUGCGAGCACGAACUGCACGACAUCAAUUGUGCCAAAAAUCGUGCGUUCUUCCUUGGUUUCAACCAUCAUCAGGCGCUGCCGGAUACCUAGUAUUAUAGGGGUCUGGCGGGGUGGGCGAGUAGAAUAAGUUCGUUUCUACGGCGGUUUUUAUAUGAAUGAAAUAUGUAAUGUAAGUGGUCUAGGAAAAUGUGUGGCAACCGAUUUUUGUAUGAUGCUGCACCGUAGUCGAAUGUAUGUAAAUUUAACGAGGGAAAACAAAACAUAAUACGUGGUAUGUAGGUUUUUCAAUUCGUACUAAAUAAUAUAACACUGUUAUUUGUUUUAAAAUAUUAGGCUGGAACAAAUAUUCAUAUCUACUUCUGUCGCUUCCUCCCUCAAAGCAUUAGGAGGAUUCACUAAACAGCGUAAACUGAUUAAACUGAUUAAACGUCGCGAUCACCAAGGCAAUCUUAGAUUAUAUCAUUCGCAAAAUCAUGAAACAUUUCAAAUAAGCAGAAAAUCAUGGCUUACGCAGCAAUUUAAUCUGUUUGGUGAGUACCCCUAUUUUUAUUAUUUUAACAAUUUGAAUGCAGUGAAAGGUGAUGCAUUAACUUUUUUUUUUUCAACCUUCCAGAAAACGGCUCAUUGAAUCCAACUAUUUAUUUUUUUUAUUUUUGGUACUGCCAUCAAUAUCUCUUCAAUAUGUUUAUUUCCCAUGUUACGUUUUUUGUAUGAAUCCUUUGUAGUUUGUGAGUAAUUUAUCACACAGUUAUGAAAAUCAUUCUUUCCCCCUUUAGCGUGAUAUAGAUUACGGCCCAGAGGAAAGUAGGAUAUAAGAUUUGUUCCAGUCUUCUGAUCCAUUGCAGUAAAUAUCAUAUGGUCGUCAAUCAUGAAACAAUUAGCAAAUGAUACCACUGUCACAAAAGAAUCAUUAGACAUCAACCGUUGGUAAACGUUGAUGAUGAAAAUCGACGUCUACUAUCAGUUCAUUGUAAAACACGAGUUGUUGAAAAAUAUCUCCAAAUUGGUCAUCAUAAAUUUUUAUUUCAACUGUCAAAUAGGAUAAAUAUUAAUCUUUCGAUUGUUCGCAUUCCUUAUAAUUUAAUUAUCAAUGAUUCCAAAAAGAAAAAUCAAAAUUUGUGUCACAAAACCGGGGCUGCCAAAAGUUUGGAAAAAAAUACACGUGGACUACUAACAUAAUAAUUAUUCUCUGAAGUAUUUUCUACGAUUCCAGAGUUUUUUUUUCCAAAGAAUAAUUAAUUCUUACUACAAAAUCCAAAAAAGACUCCUUUGUGAACAGCAUUUUUUUUUAUUCGUGAAUUAAGUUAAUGCAUACAACUUACCAUUAUUUUCAGUAAUUGUGGCUUCCAAUCAUAUCUUAAACGCUUCCCAAAACAAAAGCAACUUCUUGCCAAUUGAAUGUAAUAUUACACAACUUCUACACUAGCGACAUUUUUGUCAUUAUGAAGGAUCAUGUUGAAGAGUCUUAACUAGUACUGUGCAAUUUCAGGAUCUUACCUGAGCUGUGUUUUUUGUUCCAUAACUUCACAUUUAUUCAUCUGUACACAUGUCCAUUGAGUAAAUUGAAACUCACGACGAAGUACGAAGCUCUGACUAGUGCUUAUAA